ACACUGAUCCUCCUGUGUAUAAGCCCCACCCUUUUUAAAGUCUUUAUAAAACAGUUUAUAAUAGAAAAAUUAAAACUUGAAUCUUUAUCAAUUUAAAAUGUAACCUUCUCUUACCAAGCUUGGUAAGGCCAUAGAGUGAGUCACGUCUUUUAAAUAUACUCCCAAAGGCUUUCAGCUGUUCCUUAUAAAUCAAAUGAUUACCACUGCUCAAAAGGUGAGGGGUUUUGUGUUUUUUUAAAAGGGACCAUAUUAUAACAGGGGGAAAGCCUGUAAAAGUACAAAAGCGUGGACUACAGCAUAAGAAACAAAUAUAUAUCUACAAAAUUACAAUAUUGACAACAAUACACAUGCUAAAAACAAAAUUUUAAAAGGAUCAAAUACUAUAAAAGAAACUACCCACCACCACCACAUAUACAGUACACAUCAACGGAAUUAACAGCCAUGUUACCAAUUUAUUAACCGAACUGAAAUGGUGCCAGAAAAGGCUGGGUUUGGCCCUUGCCGCGAUUGCUUUUCUUCCUAGCGUCGCUGAAAGCUUUUGGGUUGGGUUUGGAAGAAGAGGGUGGAGCGGGCCGCAAAACGAAAGAGGAGCAGGUCACUAUGGGCUAUGGCAAUGCCUCUCCUGCCUCUGGCAAGAUGGCUACUAGGACGGCUCGUAGGUCCCGCGCAGUGGAAAGGUGGGCCCGGCUGGUGCGUUCUUUGUCGCGCGGAGAUGACGCAGAUCGGGGGAGCGGCGGGUUUCCUCAGCAGCAGCAGCAGCAGCAGGAGCGCGGAGCGGAGUUUCUGGCGGUCGCUCGCGUGAAGAUGGCGGGCGUCUCCGAUGCCACCGUCCCGGGAAACGGGGAUGGCGGGCGACGGGGCGCCCCGGAACAUUCGCUGCUCCAGCCGGAGGGGGGGCAGCGGCGGAGCAGCUUCACGGGCGGCGAGUGCCGGGCCCCUCAGCCGUCGCCGUCGCGUUCGCCGCCUUCCGCCUCGAGCCCACCUUCGCCCAACCCCGGGCAGCACCAGCAGCACCACCAUCACCAUCACAGGACCGAGACUCUGGGCUUCUACGAGAGCGACCGCCACCGGCAGCAGAAGCGCAGCGGGCCCUCAGAUCUUUCACUAUUGAGGUUCAUCAAUGCAGAGCUAACAAGGGGUUACUUCCUUGAACAUAAUGAAGCAAAGUACACAGAACGGAGGGAGAGGGUGUACACGUGCAUGCGAAUACCAAGAGAAUUGGAAAAGCUGAUGAUUUUUGGAAUCUUUUUGUGCCUGGACGCUUUUCUUUAUGUGUUCACACUCCUCCCAUUGAGGGUUUUUUUGGCAGUGUUCAGGUUCAUCACAUUACCUUGUUAUGGCUUGCGCUCUCACCGGGGCCUAAGGAUGAGUGAUAGGCGUUUGCUGCAGCCUGCUCAGGUGUGUGAUAUUUUCAAAGGAGUCAUAUUGGUGAUCUGCUACUUCAUGAUGCAUUAUGUUGACUAUUCCAUGAUGUACCACCUGAUAAGAGGACAGUCUGUCAUCAAACUGUACAUCAUCUAUAAUAUGCUUGAGGUAGCUGAUCGUCUGUUUUCAUCUUUUGGUCAAGAUAUCUUGGAUGCUCUUUAUUGGACAGCUACAGAACCAAAGGAGAGAAAAAGGGCACACAUAGGUGUGAUUCCCCACUUUUUCAUGGCGGUGCUGUAUGUCUUUUUGCAUGCUAUCCUUAUUAUGGUCCAAGCAACGACGCUCAAUGUAGCAUUCAACUCCCACAAUAAAUCACUUCUUACUAUCAUGAUGUCUAACAAUUUUGUUGAAAUAAAAGGAAGUGUUUUCAAAAAGUUUGAGAAGAACAAUCUGUUUCAGAUGUCAAACAGUGAUAUCAAGGAGAGAUUCACCAACUAUGUGCUGCUGUUGAUAGUUUGUCUAAGAAACAUGGAACAGUUUUCAUGGAAUCCAGACCAUCUCUGGGUAUUGUUUCCGGAUGUGUGUAUGGUGAUUGCAUCAGAAAUUGCAGUGGACAUUGUGAAGCAUGCUUUUAUAACAAAAUUCAAUGACAUCACGGCUGAUGUCUACAGUGAAUACAGAGCCAGUCUAGCAUUUGAUCUUGUUAGCAGUCGACAGAAAAAUGCAUACACAGAUUACAGCGAUUCUGUUUCCAGGAGAAUGGGUUUUAUUCCUCUCCCGUUGGCUGUUUUACUCAUAAGAGUUGUCACAAGUUCAGUAAAAGUGCAAGGAGUCUUGGCUUAUGCCUGCGUUAUCCUAUUCUAUUGUGGAUUAAUAUCGCUCAAAGUCCUUAACAGCAUUGUGCUUUUGGGAAAGUCAUGCCAGUAUGUCAAAGAAGCAGACAUGGAAGAGAAAUUGUUCAACCCACCUCCUGCCAGCACCCCUGGCAAACCUCUUGGGAAACCUCAAAGCAAAUACAAGUCACCUCAAGGAAUGUCUACAGAUGAGAAUCUGUCUGCUUCGGUGACAAGUCAGCCUAUGCACCAGAAGGAAAAUGCAGCACCUCAACUUGUGACAAGCAACUCAGAUCAAUUCCUGACAACUCCUGAUGGAGACGAGAAAGAUAUUACCGAGGACAAUUCAGAUUUAAAACACAGAUCUGCAAAGAAAGAUUUGUUGGAGAUAGACAGGUUUACAAUUUGUGGAAACAGAAUUGACUAAACUUUUGUAAAUAGAUGUGCUUAGGAUACUGAGCUGUUUGGACAGCAAGUGCUACCAGGAUGGACAGUUGCCAAACAGGCACUUAAAUAUUUAUUUAAAAACUUAAAUUAUUAACAGCAAACCUAUUACAAUGAAUAACUUGGCUUGAUAACUGGUCAAGCUUCAAAUCUUUAACUUGGAUCUUUUGGAAGAUGUGAUGAGUUUUGAGAGAGCUACCGCUUGGCAGAGAUACAGCACCGCUUUCCUGGAAAUAACGUGUGAAAAAAUAUUUAAAUCCAUUUUUGCUCUAUGAAUCCGUGCUUCCAGAACAUACCACUUUUCGUCAAGGUCCCUUCAUUAGAAAGAUAACUUUGGAAAUGUGUUUGCAUCUUUAACAAGAAGCAUCUGUUUCCACUUGCUUUCAUGAGCAGCUGCAGAAAGAUUUAAAACUCUUCACCUGCCAAAAGCUUUUUUCAGACUUUCAGUAGAAUAAAUAAUCAAGAUAUCCUUGCCGCUGGAAAAUUGUUCAAGAUUCUCAACUAAUCCAAAUAAAUCAUCCUUAAAUGAAAGUUUUACUGCAUAAUAUUUUUGUCUAAAUGUUAAUUAAGCUAGUGACCAGUAACUGAUCACAAAAAUGGAACAGUGGAAUGUGCCUGGUAACUGGGCAAAUAGAGCUUUUUUUCUGUUCAAUUUGCACUGUAUUUUAAACAUGAAAAGCAUCCGUUUAUAAAUGUGAAAACAUGCAAGCUUUGGGGAGAAAGGGCAAAAUCAUGUUGAGGUGUCACACUUGGCUCUUGCAGAUGUUUUAGUUGUAGCUGUGAGACCUUGCACUGGGGUAAAUGAAACAAAACAGAGAGGCAGAAAUAGGUGGUGGACUUGAAAUGGGCUUUGAGUAGAAUGAAUGUAUCUUUAUGAAGUGCUUGGGUUUUGAAGUACAAAGCAGUUUUGCUUGGGGCGCACAGGGCUUGGGGGAAAUGGCAAAGAGGUGGUCUAGAAAAGCCGAAUCAAGAACUGACAUUUGCAGUCAGCACUAGAGAGCAUGCUGUAUGUACUAUAUACUACAGUGUGCUGACUUGCGAUCUGUCAACAUUGCCUAAUGAACACUUAUUGCAAUAUUUAACACCUUUGUUUUCAACAUGAACUUUCUUGUGCUGAAUUAUUUGCAGAUCUUUGCCAAUGUAUUAGAGUGGCCAAGCAAAUAUUUAAGAAUAUUAAAAUACAUGUGUAUUCUCCCAAAGUUACAGAACUAUUAAUGAGAGGAAAUUAGUGUACAGAUUAUAUACAGAUGAGCAGGCUUCAAAAAGUGAUACUAUUUAGGCUGGUAUGUUGAAGUGGUGGCUUCACAGUGAACACACUGUGUUCAGAUGGGGCCUUUUAAAAAAAAAACCUAUGUAUCAGCCUCUUUUCUCCCUCAGCUUGGAGAACUGGCCAAAGUGAGAAAUGACAUGGAGGUAGGAACUUUAAACUGGGUCAGAAAUCUACAAAAAUGUUUAUUUCAAAUGUUUUAUUUUGAUGAACUUGACUCAUUUAAAUUUUAAUUCAGAGUAUUUGUGAAUUUGUAGUAAUUUAAUUUUUAUUUAACUGUUGCUCAAAGGAAGCUUGGAAUGAUUUUUUUCCCCUGUUAAGAUGUUCUGUAUGAAUUUUAUAAGUGCAUCUUGUGUGAUACAAUAAAAAUUCAAUUUUGUAA